AUGCGUACCUCCACGAUCCUCGCUCCACUUUUCCUCGCGGCCACAAGCAUCGCCCAAGGUGUCGAGGAGGGCAUUGCUCCGUCUCAAGGACCACCAUCUGGCUGCGAACCCAACGCCAACGGCAACUUCACGAUAGGAACGCUCAAAGUCCACCAUGCCACCGAGAAGCGCGAAUCUGCUUCCGAGGCCGCUGACGGUGCCCUCGUCUGUAACCUAGAGGAUGGCAUUCUGCGCGACCGCGACGGCCGCACUGGCUCCGUCGUAGCAAACCGCCAGUUCCAGUUCGACGGCCCACCCCAGGCCGGCGCCAUCUACACCGGCGGCUUCAGCAUCUGCUCCAACGGGUCCCUCGCCAUAGGUGGCUCAACACGCUGGUGGCAAUGCAGCUCCGGCGGCUUCUACAACCUCUACGACGAGUGGAUCGGCGACCAGUGCGAGGAGAUCCGCAUCCAAGUCACAUUCCCACAGAAGCCUUCCCCGUCGGCAUCGGCGAGCACGAGCUCUGUGACUAGCACAGCUGUCGUGUCGAGUCUGAGCGUCAGUGUCGCGACCGUGGAGAGCAGCUUGGCAACUAUUUCUGGUGCUGUUAGCACCGUUAGCAAGAGUGCUGUCGGGCCCUCUGCGUCGUUUGCUAGCUCCAACGUCUCGAUGACAGGAUCAGUAACUGGUUCGCCGUCUUCGACCCGCUCCAGCAGCGCGGGUCAGACCGGUGCAGCUGACGCGCCGCCUGCAGGUGGUGCAGCUGCCGCUUCCUUUGGCAUCGCAAAGGGCUCCAUGCUCGGCGCCUUCAUUGUCAUUUUCGGUGCCGCGCUGGUCCUCUAG